UUCCACAUCGAAAUAAAUUGAUACAUUUUAAGACGCACUUAAAUUCUUAGUUGCCGCAAUGUCUGAAAGUUGUUUGAAUUACUGUGUAGAUAUUUAUGAAAAUGAUUCAACGGAAAAUGUUCUUUCAUUGCCUUCAAAAAAUUUAAUUUCAAUUCCAGAACUUUGCAACAAAUACUUAUCCAUUAUUUAUUUGCAAGACAAUCAGAUAGAAAUUAUACCUGAUGACUUUUUUACAUCCUUACCCAAUUUAACGUGGUUGGACAUGAGAAAUAAUAUUUUAUCAGAAAUCCCAAAGACUGUACAGAAUCAUCAAAAACUAGCACAUUUUUUACUAAAAAAUAAUAAAAUUGUAUCGUUACCCAAUGAACUAGGAACGGUUCAAAAUUUAAAAGUUCUACAGCUGAGCGGAAACCCGAUCGAAUAUCCACCUCCCGAAAUAAUAAAGGCGGGAACUUCAAAAAUUAUUGCUUUCCUGCGGGAUAAAUUUUUAAAUGAAAUUCUAGAAUCACCUUCAAAUGUUUCUGAUAAGACGAUCGAUUUAGAAAAUUCAACUCGUUUCCGCCAGAAUCCUAAUUCGAGUUCACACAAUUUAAAAUCAAAGUCUCGUAAUAAUUUAUCCGUUCAGUUUACUGAGAAAGACAAUGAUUCUGAUGAGGAGCAGUACUCGAAAAACGGCGGGAAAUGCCCAAAACUAGCAAAAAGUCGUAGCAAAACGUUUCUAACGCAAAGCUCAAAAUAUUUAAAGCCACUCCGAGUUCCCACAAAAUCCAAGCAAGAUGAGAAAAUGAGAGAGGCUUUUUUAAAAGAGCUGGCCAUUAAAAAGCAAAAGGAUAUAAAUGCUGCGACUGAAACUAUUUUACAGGGGAGGAGACAUAAAGAAUAUUUACGAAAUUGGAGACAGAACUAUAGAAAUAAACAACUCUUCAUGGGUAGUCACAACAUACAACAGAAACAAGACUUUCCAUAUGAUACUAACCCAGAAUACAUGACUAUACUAACUAGAGCGGAUAUAGAAAAAGACCUCCCUGACAAAUACAGAAGAAGGCUGUUAAGGAAAUCCAAGCAGAGUGUACCGAGGAAAAAUAAUGAAGACGUCCUCUUGGCUAUGAAAAUAAAACAACUGUUUGAGAAUCUUGAAGCUAUAGAUCUUAAUAGGCAAUGUAUGACGCCAAGGACGGAACAGAAAGCAUUACUGGGUGAAAUACAUAAGAUAACAGAAAUUAAACAAAAGCUGAAGGAGUUGUCCACUUCGAAUUUUACGUCUAUCUAAUCAUUUGGGGUAAGUUGUGACUAAUAUCUUUAUUGGUGAAAAUCAAUUGAAAAAAUAUUUUAUUUGUUACUGGCAACCCUGAAAAACCAGUUUAAUU